AGGUUCAAUAAAGCCGAGUUAAACUUUGACUUAAACAGGACGCACUUGAAGACUGAAACCUUCGCACUGUUAAGAAGAGGAGCUCUGCUGACAGGUUUUGCAGCUCAGCAAGAUGAGCAGUCCACAUUUGCUACUCUUGGCCGUUCUCGUCAGCAUUGCUCAUGGGAUAGGUCUGGAAGAUAAGAAGGGGCCUCUACAAAAUACUGUUUUAGAUGUACCAGAGGCUACACCUGUGCCUUUUGCCAUUUAUAAGUUUAUAUCGGCAGUGGAAGGUGUUUCUACAUAUUUAGUAAAAGGAGAAACGGAAGAAAAGAUCAGAAUCUCUCCAGACGGCUGGUUAUAUCUGGAAAAGCCACUGGAAUGGAGUCCAGAGAAAACCCACCGUGUAGAAAUCGAGGCACUGUCAGCAGACGCUGAGCUCAUUGAUGGACCUUACGUGGUUACCUUACAAGUGGUCGAUGUCAACAACAAUCCUCCUGUUUUCAGUGCAAGUCAAUACAGUGGCAGCGUUCGAGAGCAUUCACCCGCAGGAAUUCCCUUCGUGCAGGUUUUUGCCUCAGAUGCAGAUAAUCCAGACACACCGAAUGCUCGUUUGAGAUUCAGCAUUGAAAACCAGAUCCCCAAUCCCACAAACACGCGUUACUUCGGCAUCAAUCCAGAAAGUGGGGAGAUCUUUAUCACAGAGGAAGGCGAAGAAUUUCUGAAGGCCCGUCCAACCUUGAUGUACCGCCGCGGGGAGAUCAGUGGCAGUACAGAUGUUUUGAAAAGGAAAUUUGAGGAUUUCUGCACUCCAAAGAGCCCCAUGCCUCUUGAAAACAACCCCUUUUUCACAUGUAUGCAGCGCUCUGAGACAAGACAAGUGAAUCUUCCUCUGGAUCCAGAUUAUGCACUAAUUGUACGUGCAGAGGAUAUGGGAGGCGAUGCACCGAACGCCCUCAGCUCUUCAGCACGUGUCAAUAUUGUUAUCAUUCAAAACCUAUGGAUCCACCCUGGACCAUUCCAUAUCAAGGAAAAUUUUGAGAAUGAAUAUCCAGCGUUUUUGGGCUCAGUGCGUGCCAAUGAUCCUAAUGCAGUGUACAGGCUGCUCCAGAAAGAAAGAGGUCAUUUCCCUUUCACAAUCAAUGAGGAUGGAGAAAUCUAUGUUACUGGCCCUCUGGACAGAGAAGAGAAAAGCAUGUACAUACUGGUGGUGAUGGCAGAGGACGAACAAGGUGUUCAGCUGGAAGAGCCCAUGGAAAUUCCUGUACAAGUGGAGGAUGAGAAUGAUAAUGCACCUGUGUGUGCUGAGGCUGUGUUUGAGGUGCAGGAGAACGAGCCAGUUGGUAGCGUGGUUGGCGAUCUACCUGUUCAUGAUGCUGAUGAGGAGAACACCCUGAGCUCCUUACUAAGCUUUACACUCAUUGAACAAUCUCCCAUGGAGCCAUCUAGUAAAAUGUUCAGCAUUGAUCAAGUCAAAGGCAGAAUUCAAGUAGCCAAUUCAAACCUUCGGAGAAAAGAAGUUCCUCAGUUUGAUCUCGUCUUCAAAGUGACCGAUGGAGUUUACACCACAUUAUGUAAAGCAAUCAUCAAGGUUAUCGACACCAAUAAUGAGAUCCCCAUCUUUGAGAAAAAUUUUUACGGGACCUACAGUGUUCCUGAACUGGCUGAAGUAGGCACCACUGUGGUCACCAUCAAAGCCACGGAUGCAGAUGACCCGGGAACAGGAAGUUCUAAGGUGGAGUAUCACAUCAGUGAAGGAGACCCACAAAACCGCUUUGCUAUUACAGUGGAUGAAACCACUGGAGAAGGCACAGUCUACAUUGCUCAGCCACUGGAUUAUGAGGUCAAGGGUUCCUACAGACUUCAGAUUGAUGCCCGCAAUCCAGAACCGCUGAUUGAAGGAGUGACAUAUAAUGACAAUUCCACAUCGUUUGUUGUCAUUGAGCUGGUGGAUGUGGACGAGCCUCCGGUAUUUGAAGUGGAGGGACUCAAUGUCAACAUUCCAGAGAAUUUUACCGUGGGAGCCUUAAUAAUGAAGGCUGUAGCCAGCGAUCCAGAAAAAAAGACUAUCAAGUUUAGGAUGGAAGGAGAAGAUCAGGGAUGGUUGGAGUUAAAUGCUGAUUCUGGAGAGUUGAAGACUAAAGCCGCUUUGGACAGAGAGACAGUGGAAAAGCUCACAAUUAAAAUCAUUGCUUAUGAGACAGGUGGUUAUAAGCAGGAAUCUGAGAUGAAGGUGGACAUUAACCUGCAAGAUGUCAAUGACAACUACCCCAAACUGCAAAAUACGCAGGGUUUCAUCUGUGUACAGAAGAUGACCCCUCUGACACUCAUUGCUGAAGAUAAAGACAGCCACCCUUUUGGAGAGCCGUUCAGCUUCUCCAUGCCCCGCAAGUCACCGAAUUGGGAGAUCAAAGCUGUGGAUGGAACUUCAGCAAAUCUUAUUCUGAAAAAGAAACCAUCAUCUGAUCAGAGCUUCUCUAUUCCUGUCAACAUCAAGGAUAAUGAUGGGAUGGGCAUCACCCAGAAGAUUGACGUACGUGUAUGUAACUGCACUAGUUUGGGCUAUUGUUUCAUUGAGCCCAAAGCUCAUGGUGGGAAGAUGGGAAUGUCUGGAACUGUUGGAAUACUUGUAGGAGUCUUCGCCUUCAUAGUUCUUUUCCUGCUCCUCGUUCUGUACCGAAUUAAAAAGAAGGACAAGAAGAAAGCAGCUGCUGGUGUAGAUACUAAACCCAUGCUGUAGACAACACUCACUGUCAAGCUGCAAACACUCCACGCAUUAUUCUGUACACAAACCAGGAAAUAUUUUUCAUUGUUUUUCAAACAUUAAUAUUAAAUAUCCAUGUUUAAGGGUCUUACAUCAAACUAUCUAACUUAUUUGCCUAAAUACUUCAUAUUUAAAUGCUCAGAAUAUUUGAGCUUAAUUGAGUUUCUUCUUUUCGUAAACAAAUUGUUUCACCCUUGUGUUUAAAGGCAGCAGGACUGAAUAUUGAGCAUCUGUGGUUUGUUUGUAUCAUUUUUUUUUUGUUUAUCAGGAGAGUGCAUAGAGAUGUGUAUAUACUGCCAUUCUUCAAGGUUUGAAACUUAAAAAAGCCUAAAUAUUGUAUUUAUUCCCCAUUAUCCAAUAAUCAGAUGAAGUGUAUAAAACUGAUAUCUAAUGUUAAUAUCUAAUGCCAUUCAAUACUGUAGGGUAAUUCCGCUGUGAAACACGAAGUUAAAAAUACAGAAUGACAACACCUGCCUUUACUUCAUUCUGUAAAUAAAGAUCUACUUUGACCCAGA